AUGCGACACUUGCAGUACAUUCCUCUACUCGCUUGCAGUAUCGUUAUGGGGACAGAGAGUAUAGCCUGGAGAGGUCAAGCAGCUAAUAUCCGGGAUUUACGGGACCAGAGAUCCAUAACCAACAACCCAAGCAUCCUGCUAGAGAAUGGGGCGUCCUCCAAUAAUUUAGCCAUUGAUGUACCACUCGCCUCGGACCAGAUACUCUCAAUAAUAGCGGCACGAGUUCUUGUCGGGUUGAUCAACUCACAGUUACCCACCAUCCUGGCCAACCACUCACAAAAUAAUAACGCAAUCACUGGGUACCCAGCUACGCCCAACAACACCAUGGGCGAUCUCUCUAACAUCCAACUGCAUACGGGAUUGCCAGGUGACACCUUUCCAACGGGACUGCUGUUAGAAGGAAGCCUUGGGAUCACUAGCGCCAUCAGUACAGAUGGUGCUAAGGCAGAAAAUGCUCCUACUUCCUUCUCAACAGACAGGAUGCCCCAAGGAAUCGAGGCUAUAGUGGACCGCCUGUUGAUGGCCUUGAGGACACUAGGGGCAGCUAUGCUUCUAAUGGUUAUUGCGCUUGAUUCUCGGUUUGGACGCGGGUUAAUCAAUGCAUCAAUAAACGGAAUUUCGGUCGUCUAA